GUACUUGCCCACCUCUGGUCCAAAUGACAGAUGGCUAAUGCAAACACAAAUGAAAUUUCUGUUGAUUGUGAAAAAUAUAGACUUCUUUAAUUUUUUGAAGUAUUAAAAUUUGUAUUUAGUUGUAAUAGGUAAUUAGUUAAUACUAUAAUGUCGUCAGAACAUUUAGAAAAAGAGUUAGAUUUAAGUAAUGCUGGUCGAGGAGUUUGGUUAGUAAAAAUUCCGAAGUAUGUAGCCAAUAAAUGGGAAAAAGCCCCGGGACAUAUAGAAGUUGGUAAACUCAAAAUAAAUAAAAAACCUGGGCAAAAAGCUGAAGUGACUUUGAGUUUAUCUGAAGCUGUCAUGGUAAUGAAAGAUGCAGAGGAAAAAGAAAUUCCUAAGGAACUUAAAUUAGAUGUUUCAAGUGUAACUGGACAAACACUUGGUGUCUUUUCACAUAUUCCUACAUCAGCCACAUCAGACGAUGUUGUACCAGAGAUAGAAAAACUUUUCAUGGAAGGAAGAAUUGUUCAAAAGUUAGAUUGCCGUCCAUUUGCUGACAAAGUCUACAUGAAACUUAAGGAAGAAAGUAUCAAAAAAGCUUCUAUUCCUCGUAGACAAGUUCAGCAAUUGGACAGAGUUGUUCAAAACUUCAAACCCGUAUCUGAUCAUAAGCACAACAUUGAAUAUGCAGAAAAGAAGAAGGCAGAAGGAAAGAAGAUGAGAGGAGACAAGGAAGCUGUUUUGGAUAUGUUGUUUGCUGCUUUUGAGAAACAUCAAUAUUAUAACAUCAGAGAUUUAGUGAAAAUUACUCGACAGCCAGUUGUGUACCUGAAAGAAAUAUUAAAUGAAGUGUGUAAUUAUAAUUUAAAAAAUCCACACAGAAAUAUGUGGGAAUUAAAACCAGAGUAUAGGCAUUAUAAAGAUGACAAAAAAGUUGGUGAAAGCAGUGCUUCCAAAGAUGAUUCAGAUUAAAUUAAAAAUUGCACUUCUUAAUGACGUAAUUUAUAAACUAUGUUAAUAAUCUAUUUUCUCUUCUUUAUUUUAGAACAAAGAUUAUUAUAUCGUUAUUUUUGUAAGAAUGUAAUUAUAUGUAAAGAAAAUAAUAAAUUAAAUAAACGUUUUCAUAUGUAAAGUUAUCAAAA